AUGAUGAACGCCAACGGUUUUUUCUUUUUCAAGUUUAAAGAUGAUGUUGGAAUGUCUAAUGUUCUUCAGGAUGGGCCGUGGAUUAUUCGAUCUCAGCCUUUGUUUCUCAAUUGCUCGACCCCGACUACUAAACUUGAAAAGAAAGAGGUAAAGAAGGUGCAAGUAUGGGUUAAAAUCCAUGAAGUUCCAAUUGCGGCCUACACGGAGGAUGGUCUUAGCUUGAUUGCAACAACUAUUGGGGAACCAAUGAUGCUGGAUUCUUUUACCACGUCAAUGUGUAUGGACUCAUGGGGUCGUAGUAGUUACGCUAGAGCGUUGAUUGAAGUUUCAGCUGAUAAAGACUUACGAGAGGAAAUUACAAUGGCGAUUCCUGAAUCUGAAGGAGAGGGUUUUAUUAAAGAGACUAUGUAUGUGGAGUAUGAAUGGAGUCCGCAUCGAUGUGCUUCUUGUUGUGUUUUUGGCCAUACUACCGAUACUUGCCCGAAGCAACCUAUGAAACCAAGCAAGAGUAUGCACCAAGAGCACAAUCGGAAUGUUCAAAAGAAUCAGCCAGUAAAAAAGGUACCUGUUGUGGAUCAGGAGGGUUAUACCGGAGUCUAUGGGAAGAAAGCUGCUAAGAAAACUGGGAUUCCCAUGAAUAAACAAAAGUCUAAGUUCGAAUAUCGUCCUGUGGGGCCAAAGCCAAAGGGAGAUACCAACAGGGCUUCGACUUCUAACAUGAAAAGAUCGAAUAAUCCAUUUGUUGUUCUCAAUGAGGUGGAUGCUGAUUCUGGAGCUAGUGUUAAAAAACCGGAUAUGAACAAUGUGGAUUCGGAGGAUGAAGAGGUUCAAGAGGUGUAUAAUGAAACGAAUGAUUUUAUAUUGGAUGGUACUAAGGAGGUUCGGCAGGCAGUCAAUGAUUUUAAUUUGAGCUUGUGUGUGAUUUUGGAGUCUCAUGUGGAUGUUGGUAAACUGGGUAAAGUGUGCAAGUCCGUUUUUCGUUCUUGGGAUUGGACUUCGAAUGGAGGUUGUUGUGACAAAGGUACGAGAAUUAUUAUCGGAUGGAAUCCAAAUAUUUUUGAUGUGAUGGUUUUGGCGCAAUGCCCUCAGGUUAUGCAUAUUCAGCUCGUUUUCAAAUUGGAUAAUAAGACGGUAUUCUGUUCUUUCGUUUAUGCUGCUAAUUACUAUGUUUCCCGCAAGGAAUUAUGGCAUAGUUUGUCCAUGCAUAAAGCCCUAGUUGGUAACAAACCAUGGUGUAUUCUGGGAGACUUUAACACAGCUCUUAACAUUGAAGAUAGUUCUAUGGGUACGUCGUCAGUCUCUACAGGCAUGAGGGAUUUUCAGGAUUGUGUGGAUGAUAUUGAGGUUGUUGAUAUUAACCGCAUGGGAAUCCAUUUUACAUGGAGCCAAAAGCCAAAGAAUGGGAUAGGGCUUCUAAAGAAAAUUGACCGAGUAAUGGGCAACACACCCUUUGUUACCGAUUUUCAGAAUGCGGUUGCCAUUUUCAAGCCGUAUAGGCUUUCUGACCACUGCCCCUGUAUUCUUUCGUUCCCGGAAGCUACUAAGGUGAAACCGCGGUCAUUCAAGUUUGCAAAUUUUCUGGUGUUCAAACCUGAGUUUUCGGACAUUGUUAAAAAAACGUGGGAAUCUAAUGUUAAUGGUGUUCAUCAAUUCUGGUUGGUCAAGAAGCUUCGGUUGCUUAAAAAUCCCCUUCGUUCGACGUUAUUCAAACAAGGAAAUCUUCACAAAAAAGUGGAAGCUCUUCACGUGAAACUUGAUGAGAUUCAGCUAAGAAUUGAUCGUGAUCCGUCUAAUGUUGAGCUCCGGGCAUCUGAGACGUUGAUUAAUCGUGAAUUCCAAGAGGCGUCGUUGGACGAGGAGCGAUUUCUGAAACAAAAGUCCAAGGUUGAUUGGCUAAGAGCGGGGGAUUCGAACUCUGCUUUUUUCCACUCAUCUCUAAAGAUUAGAAAUCAUUGUAGUCGAAUCGACGUGAUAAAGGAUUCGGAUGGCAAUCUUUAUGAAGGUGAUACGGUUUUUCAAGCUUUUGUUCAUCACUAUGAGAAAUUUUUCGGUGCUCAAGGGGAUAUUUCUCUCAAUCCGGCUCCUGAUUUAUUCUCUAAGGUUCUAUCUCCACAGACAGCUUCUCAUAUGAUCCGCCAAGUCACUGCGGAGGAAGUCAAGAAGGCGAUGUUUUCUAUUGCUAUUGACAAAGCUCCGGGUCCUGAUGGAUAUACAACGGCGUUUUUCAAAAGUGCUUGGCCUAUUGUCGGUAAUGAUGUUACUUGUGCCAUUAUUGAUUUCUUUGAAACAGGAAAGCUUCUUCGGGAAUUGAAUCACACGACUAUAGUGCUUAUUCCGAAAUGUCCUACUCCUUCGGCUGUCACUGACUACCGGCCGAUUGCUUGCUGUAAUGUCUUAUAUAAAUGUAUUAGUAAGAUUGUUGCUAAUAGAAUCAAAGGCGUGCUGAAUGAUAUUGUUAGCGUUAAUCAAUCGGCGUUUGUUCCAGGCAGGAGAAUCUCUGAUAAUUAA